AUGCUUAUAAGAAAAAAACUCGAUAGGAUUUUCUUCCCCUUUUUCGGAAGAAGGAGACAUAUUUCAGAUCUAAUGGAUAAAGAAAAGGCCUCCCGAAUUACUGGAUGUGUCACAAAAUUUGACAAGUACAAGGGAUAUGGUUUUAUAAGGCCAAAUGAUGGUGGACCCGAAAUCUUCGUUCACUACACAGAUAUUUGUCACGACAGAAGUUUAUCAUUAACAAGUGAGGAGAAAAAAAAACUAAGUUGGAAUUCGAACAUAAAUUUGCGUAUUAGCAAAGAGGAUUUCGAUUUUGAGAAUGAGCAUGUAGGAAGGAAAGAAGAAAUAAAGAGAGAAUUUAAAUAUUUGAUACCAGGAGAAAGGGUGAAAUUUUCUGUUAUAUAUGAUGAGCAAAACCAUUCAAGUAAAGCCAUAUGUGUGGAGUACCUAGACUAG